AUGACUUCCCCUAAUUUCUUUGAGAUCCAAGACUGGAACACAUCAUCUUCACCAAAUAAUUUUUGCUUCCAAACAUUUUCCAACAACAAUGUUGAUGAUUCUCCUUCUUUUGAUAUCAUCGACUUCUCUAUGCAUUCACAACAAGUCCCAAAAAUAGGUAACAACAACAAAUACAAGGAGAAAAAUGUGAAGAACAAGAAGCAUGAAGAAGAAGAUGAAGAGGUUCAUCAUGGUGAAAAAGGAAGGUACAUAGGUGUAAGAAAAAGACCAUGGGGAAAAUUCGCAGCCGAAAUUCGAGACACAACAAGGAAUGGAACAAGGGUUUGGCUUGGAACCUUUGAUUGUGCUGAAGAUGCUGCUUUGGCUUAUGAUCAAGCUGCAUUUGCCAUGAGAGGUUACAAUACUGUUCUCAAUUUUCCAGUCCAAAAGGUCAAAGAUUCCUUGCAAGGAAUUGAGUAUAAUUGUGGCAACAACAACAACAAAGGGUAUUCACCAGCACUUGCACUCAAAGAGAGAAACUACAUGAGAAGAAAAUUGUCAUCAUCAAAGGAAAAUGAAUCUACUCAAAAUGCAAAGUGUAAAGGGAAAAGUGAAGAAUCAUCAUCAUCAUCAUCAUCAUCAUCAAGUAGUAGUGUGAUGGUGUUAGAGGACUUGGGAGUUGAAUAUCUUGAGCAACUCCUAAGUAUUUCGGAUAAUAAUAAUAAUAAUCAAGGUGAAAGUCCUAGUUAUUACUUCAAUUAA